AUGGGGGUACCGUUGAAUGGGUGGAAAAUGACGGGGGUGGUUGGAGAUCAACAACCUUCAGACUUUUUCUGGGUUUUGUAUUCGGAACCAUCUAGAGGUGCAAGGAAGGAUCCUAUUGCAUCCGCCAUCGACCCAUUCUUCCACGUCCUCAAAAUCCUUCCCUAUUCCUUCCUCCGCCCUCCUCGUCUACGUCUAAAGCUCCCAUCCUUCACUCUUCCAUCCACCAUGACCAUCUACGCCUUGAUCCUCCUCACCUACUUCCUCGUCGUGUCAGGGCUCGUCUACGAUGUCAUUGUUGAAUCUCCGGGCAUCGGAUCUACUCAGGAUCCUCGCACCGGAUCAGUUAGACCUGUUGUUUUCCUCCCGGGUCGGGUCAAUGGGCAGUAUAUUAUCGAAGGGCUCUCCUCUGGGUUCAUGUUUGUUCUUGGCGGAAUUGGGAUUGUGCUUUUGGACUUGGCUUUGGACAAAAAUCGGGCUAAAAGCGUCAAGGUUUCGUUUGACUCAAGAUCCUGCUGGACCCACUGCAUCAGGUCUAAACAACGGGCUUCCUUCACUACCAACCAGAGAAGCGUAUUCCAAACUCAGUUCAUUUGCUAUUCUCUCUGGGACAUAUCUUAA